CCGCUGACGCGGCACUGUGCACCAACCAGCAUAGCAUGUGAGAAAAAACCCGCAAGAGCUGAAGAGUUAUAUAGAUAAUACCUUAAAGCACCCUAAGAACUCACUUGCUGGAAUUUUAGCUUGAAAAACUCCUGCAGAAGUCCGAAUUAAUUGAACACAGCCUUCAGAAACAACCAACCAUGAUCGCCGCGUGUUUUUCGCCGCAACAACAGCUUCGCCAGCCCAGGUUUCGAUGGCUGUUUUUGGACAGCACUGAGAAGGUCUGGUUAGGGAAGAUGCCGGGGGCCGGUCCGGUCACAUGUAGAGCCGAGGUCAAGCAGAGGAAAACACCCAAAUUGGGUGAAGCGUAUACAAACAGGGAGACCCUCCAACCGAUGGGUUUGGGUCUGUGUUUUUCUGUCACUCUUCCAGGGGAUCUUUGGGACUUCUUUUUGACAUGUCUGCCAGGAUUUUCACCGCCUUGACACUGAAGUUGCACAGCGAGAUUCUCUGAACUGAGUCAACCUAAAUUCAUGGAUCUACCGGAUCUGCCAGUUGCCCUAGCCGCUAGCCUCCCAUGGUUCGAGGUCUUCCUGAAAAAUGCAAUGUUCGAGGAGAAAUGACCUUGGCCACUUGGAACCCUGACCUCAAUGAACCAUGGAUUUGCUGCCUGCUGCUGCCUUUUCAUGAGCCCAGUUGGGCUGUUCACCUGACUUGACCGAAAAACAGAAGCAACUCCUAGGUCGAGGUUGCCUGGUGAAUCAUGCCAUAUAAUGCCAACUUGGCCAGGGUCCAAAAUCCCUUGGAAUGGUGGAAGACUUCCACUCAGAACUGAAGUGAGGGCUAUAGCGGCUAUGGCAGGUGUGCACUUCACACCGUCUCAGGUAACUACGCUUCCUAAAUCGGCCUUUUUCUUCGUCUCGUCCAUGCGUGCAGGAUUGAGCCAACACUGGCUUUCUGCAGUCUGCAGUCUGACUGAAUUUCUAUCUGGAGAACCAGAUCAUGAACUUGUCACGGCCUGACACCUCCAAGUUCAAGCACCCCCAGGCCGUGGCAGGGCAGCCCUUUCGCACCGUCUUGCUGGCACGGGACUCGCGGGGGCGCCAGGCGAGGCCCGCGGCCUGUGAUGCCUUGCGAGUGGGCGUGGAUUUGUCUGGGAAAGCUCAUUUGUCUGGCGCUUCUUUGCCGUUGGCUUGGCGCUUGGGGCAGCUGGAAUUUCACAUCGAGAAUGAGCUGGCGGAGGUCAUAGAUGCUGAAGUUCGCAUAGAAAGCCCUGACCCAGAGGCUGAUGUACUACUACAUACGUCUCAGAUUCGUUUUAUGUCUGGGCCUUCACACAGCUUUGCCAUUGAGCUUCAAUUGGCAGAUUCUGGCUCUCCAAUGACAGGCUCGAGCCUCCCGUUGCGAAGGGAGCUUUCGCUGACCGUCACCACGAAGGAUCAAUUUGGGAACCUGACGCCAUUGAACCGGUCUGUGGGAGGCCAGCUGAUGUUGCGCAGCUCUGCUCAGCGCAAUGCUAUGGAGAUGAGGCCGUCCACUGGGCUACUCUCGAUGCGGGGGACUGGUGAGGCGCAGGUCUUUCUCACGGCCUUGCGCCCGGGUCAUGUGGAGAUCUGGGUGGAGCAGGUGGGUGGUAUCAGCAGUGCACAGCCGCCCUUGAAGAAUGCCACGACGCGGUCUCUGUUCUUCGUGGACACCGAUCACACAGGCGUUUACAGCAGUCCUUCCAGCUACCUCGCAGCUUUCAGGUCGAAAGCAUCGCCAAGCGACAUGCAAUGGCAGGCGAAAGCGGACGAGGUGCGCGAGGCAUUCCUUCAUGCCUGGAAGGGCUAUGAGAGGUAUGCUUGGGGGAAGGAUGAGUUGCAGCCGGUGUCACGGCUCGGGCGCAACACCUUCGGUGGUCUUGGCCUCACCAUCCUGGACUCCCUGACCACACUGUGGCUCAUGGGCUUCGACGAAGCCUUCGAGAAGGGCUUGAGGUUCGUGAAGGAUGACCUUGACUUUGACAACGCAGACUCGGAUGUGUCGGUCUUCGAACUCACCAUCCGUGCGCUGGGAGGUCUGCUCGGGGCGCACACGCUCUCUGGCAAAGAGAUCUUCCUGGAGCGAGCACAAGAACUGGGAGGCCGCCUCCUGCCGGCCUUCCAGUCACCCUCCAGGAUGCCCUGGCCGACGGUGAACCUCGCACGGGGCACCAGCAAGACGAGCACUCAGCCAGUCAUCCUGUCCGAGGCUGGCAGCUUGCAGGUAGAAUUUCGCAGCCUGACAGCAAGGACAGGAGACGCUCGUUUUCGACGUGCAGCUGACAAAGCUUUUCAGGCCGUCCAAUCCGUUGGCAUUCCUGGAAUACUACCUGUCUUUCUCUCUCCACCAGGGAUGGCAAAAGUACAGGCAGUGGCCUCAAAGUUUGCUUUUGGGGCUCUGGCAGACUCCUACUACGAGUACCUGCUAAAGCAAUGGCUUCAGAGGCCGUCGGAGAAGAACUUCAAGGAGCUCUUUUUGGAGGUCAUGGAUGCUUUACCCGGCAUCGUACGGCCAUCUCCUUCAGCCAGCGAAACAGAGCAGAUGGGCAGGGUGGUCCAUUACAAGCUGAUCGAAAUGACAGCCGAUGGCAGCCUAGACUGGAAGAUGGACCACCUUAGUUGCUUUGCUCCCGGAUUGAUCGCGCUUGGGCUGAUGGAACUGCCUCAGCAUGACCUGGUGGAGAAGGGUCGCAAUGCCACCUGGUGGCGCUUAGCCGAAGGCUUGACGGCCUCAUGCUUUGAGCUUUGGGCCUCCUCAGCCACCGGCUUGGCUCCCGAGUUCAGCAAGGUGAAUUCAAAAGCUCCUCAUAAGUUUAUCGAGGCUUCUUCCAACGGCCGACAUUCCUUUCUCCGACCUGAGACGGCGGAGUCGUUGUUCUACCUCUAUCGCUUGACGGGCGAUGAAAAGUAUCGCCGUUGGGGUAGCAAGCUCUUCCAAGCAAUCCUCAACCAUGCCAAGGUUCCACACGGCUUCUCAUCCGUGCGCGACGUAAAGGCGAUCCCCACGUCACCGAUGGAUGAGAUGCAAACCUUUGUGAUGGCAGAGACCUUCAAGUACCUUUUCCUCUUGUUUUCGCCGGCUGCAGCUUUUGACAUGAAUCACCUCUUCCUGAACACCGAGGGCCAUCCGCUGAAGCGCAAUGAGCUCUGAGUAGGUCAAUGAUUCUGAAAAUUCUUAGCUUAGCUUGGUCAAGGAAGCCACGCUUUGUCGCCCUGCUACCGUCUUGCUCGACAUCAACUCUGGUCGUUCAGUCGUGUGGCACAGAGCUUUAGUGGAUUUGUUCCGCCCGAAAAGGCUCGUGCGCUGCGAGGCUUCUUGCGAUGGGUCACGUUUUCAUUGCAUCAUUUCGUC